AUGCUUACUUGGUCCUCCUCUACUUUUAGCUGUAUUCUUGAAGGGAGCCGUGUUCUUGGAGAUUCUCUUCUAGGUCAAGGCAGUAAGGAAGCCGACCUCGGAAGAAGUUCUCGCGUUUUCACGAACGGUUUGGUUCUCGCAAAUGAAUCAAACAAGCUGACCGCUGUAAGUAUCGUUGUUUGUCCCGCGAACGGACCCCCAGAGCCCGCCAACGGAAAACUGACAAUCGUGAGUAACCUCGCCUUUCGUGCACUUCGUUCGUUAAAUAAUAUUUUCAUAUGCAUGUAUCGUUUGUUACAUUAUCUAAACCCAACGAAAUACAUGACCUAAUUCUCACGAACUAAAGCACGAACUUAAACGAUAGCCGAUCAAACACACAAACCACAAUGAGACUUUGCAAACUCAAAUACGAUUAAAUAUACAAAUGCCAGAGUUCAAACUAUCCUUCUCGAUUCAUUCAAAGUCAGCUAAACCACACGAACACUCAAUUCUCAUGUCUGUCAAUGGAUUUAACAAACGAUUAAAGUAGAUGCUCGCUAAAUAGAAUUUAAAUUGAUAUGAUUUUUGAAUGGUUUAUGGCUAUUAUGGUGAUAUGGAAUUAUAGUUUUUUUUAAGUAUGUAUAAACUCCUGCUUUAUUACACGUACAUGGGUAACGGUCUUAUGGUUUGACAGCAUGUCUGAUAUUUUAGGUGAUAAUUAAUUCAGGUCAAACAAGCACCUGCCUGUUUUUCUUUCUAGGUGACUCAAUUGUGUUAUUCGGGCACUUGCCAGUUCUCUUUGUUCGAUCUAUAGGUGAGAUUAUCUACCUUCUAAUUUAAGUUACAUGAAGGCAUUGGUCUUUCAGUCAUAACUCUAAAUCUGCCCUCCAGAAUAAUUAGGUGGGUUAUACGUGUUUAUAUAAGAUUCAUAUCAGAGCGAUCGGAGGCUGCAUUGCAUGUAGUAUAUUUGUUUCAGAUCCUCAGAGUAUUUCAGCAUUGGAGCUCCAUCACUGCUACUAUUCACAAUCACAAACUUGACAAAGACCGUGUAGGUCGAAACGUUGUGCGUGGCAGUGGGUUCAAUACUUUUGCCUUUUUGUAUCUUGGAGUGCCUGGACGGUUUUCUAUUUUUCCUUAUCAAGUGUUUGGUCCCUGCUACUGGGACUUUCCUGGUUGCACCCGGACACAUUCUACUUGGGAUUGAAUGCAGUUCCACACCCUUGUUUUGGUCAUACAUCAUUUAAUUUCUAGUCCAUAAUGUUUAUUUUCUACAAUUUAACAGCAUGUUAAAAAUUCUUUGUUUCGAUUAAUACUAAGCAUCAUAUGAUUGCCUAUUGUGGUCAGUACUGAUAUUGCACAAGUCCAUAUUUUAAGUUAGUCUAAUGUUUGGUGUGAGAUAGUUUCAUUUAGGUAAAGCAUACGCUUUGAUUGUUAAUCGUCUUUCAUGCUUUGUCAGUAGAUACUGAUGAUACGCUUUUCCGCCUAAAUAAACACUAUUUGGUUUCUCCCAACUUAGCCCUACGCUCACCUGGUGCAUUCCUAUACUCAUGUCACCAAGGCUUGAUGCCUUAACCUAUAUUCAACAUCGACACCGUAUAACCUGCACCUACGUUUCAGCUAUUCCAUUUCUAAUGUAGGAAUGUGUUUCUUGUAUCUGUUUCCAUAUUCAAGGGAGACCAGGUCUUUGGCACUUAACCGGAAAUUAGAGGUUAUCACUAGUGCUGUUUAAGUUACCUGUAUAUUGCCUUGCUGUAUAUUUACAAUUAUUUCAUUUCACCUGUUAUGGUGGCUUCUUCAUGUCUUGCCUACAUUCUACUCAAGUGUAUAGUAUACUCGCUUGACUAUGUUAACACAUUUUAUGUCCCUUAACAGCACUACCGUUUUAUUUUAAGUCGGGUUCUACCCUUGAGGAGGUCCCAAGCAAGGCCACGUACAUACUCCCGACAUAUUCCAUUAUAUCUUUAGGUCUAUUAAUUAGGACUGCUGCCUUCACUUGUAUCUGGUUCUUCUUCCUUAGGGAUCACUGGUUAGAGUAUAUUCGUAUCAAAGGCAUUACUAUUAAUAUGUUUAUUACAGGUUACAGAGUUUUUUUAGGGCAACAGUACUCAUCAUACCCCUUAUAUUCAUUAGAUAGGUAUUUUAUAGAUUAUUCGAUUGGAUCCACGAGCUGGCCUUACAUCUCGUUCAUGUACGUAACAUCAUCAUAUCAUUAGGUGCUAGGUACCUACGAUUUACUACACAACCUCUACUUUUACAAAACAAACCACAAUUCCUAUUAUAUCUCGUUACCCCUGUAGGACUGCGCCAAUCCACCUUCUGUGUCAUACCGCAUUUCUGAGUACUUGUUUUCAGAUACGUAA